AUGUGCGAACCAGCAAGUAUAAAAGAGCUUAGGCAUGUGCUCUGCGUGCAGGCACGUGAAAUGUUCAAACUGCAACACCGCAGUUACAUACCGGUGCAGGCGAUCAUUUUGCAUGAUGGUACCUUGCCAAAGCGUAGGACCGCAUCAACAUCCCUAGUGCGCUCCACCGUUGAUUUUUUAUGCACCAAAUAUUCGGCCUGGCUUCAAAGAAGUGGCGAAUUGAUCUAG